GCGCGGGCGGUGCAGGUGCCGGGCCGGGAGCGAGCGGCGGCGGCGGCGGCGGCGGCGGUGGCGGCACCACCAUGGGCCGGGCCCGGCGCUUCCAGUGGCCGCUGCUGCUGCUGUGGGCGGCCGCGGCGGGGCCAGGGACAGGGCAGGAAGUGCAGACUGAGAACGUGACCGUGGCCGAGGGAGGUGUGGCCGAGAUCACCUGCCGCCUGCACCAGUAUGACGGGUCCAUCGUGGUCAUCCAGAACCCUGUCCGGCAGACAUUGUUCUUCAACGGCACCCGGGCCCUGAAGGACGAGCGCUUCCAGCUCGAGGAGUUCUCCCCGAGAAGGGUGCGGAUCCGGCUGUCAGAUGCCCGCCUGGAGGACGAGGGGGGCUACUUCUGCCAGCUGUACACGGAGGACACCCACCACCAGAUCGCCACGCUCACCGUGCUAGUGGCGCCCGAGAACCCAGUGGUGGAGGUGCGCGAGCAGGCGGUGGAGGGCGGCGAGGUGGAGCUCAGUUGCCUGGUGCCGCGUUCGCGCCCCGCAGCCGUUCUGCGUUGGUACCGCGAUCGCAAGGAGCUCAAAGGAGUGAGCAGUGGCCAGGAGAACGGCAAGGUGUGGAGCGUGGCAAGCACGGUACGCUUUCGCGUGGACCGCAAGGACGACGGCGGCAUCGUCAUCUGCGAGGCGCAGAACCAGGCGCUGCCCGCGGGCCACAGCAAGCAGACGCAGUACGUGCUGGACGUGCAGUACUCCCCCACAGCCCGGAUCCAUGCCUCCCAGGCCGUGGUGAGGGAGGGAGACACGCUGGUGCUGACCUGCGCGGUCACGGGGAACCCCAGGCCCAACCAGAUCCGCUGGAACCGCGGCAAUGAGUCGUUGCCAGAGAGGGCGGAGGCGGUGGGGGAGACGCUCACCUUGCCGGGCCUGGUGUCAGCGGACAACGGCACCUACACCUGCGAGGCGUCCAACAAGCACGGUCACGCGAGGGCGCUCUACGUGCUGGUGGUCUACGACCCCGGUGCGGUGGUUGAGGCUCAGACGUCGGUUCCGUACGCCAUCGUGGGGGGCAUCCUGGCCCUCCUUGUGUUCCUCAUCAUAUGUGUGCUAGUGGGUAUGGUCUGGUGCUCUGUACGACAGAAAGGCUCCUAUCUGACCCAUGAGGCCAGUGGCUUGGACGAGCAGGGAGAAGCCCGGGAAGCCUUCCUCAACGGCAGCGACGGACACAAGAGGAAAGAAGAAUUCUUCAUCUGAUCCCACCCUCACCCCGGGCCUGGGCCUGGGCUGGGGUCCCCCCUCUACCCCCCGCCCCACUGCCAGCUGCAAGGAGCCAGCAAAGACAUUUACCAGAGCCGGGGCUGGUGGGCUUCUCCCCCCACCACUAACAUGUCGGAUGCUUGGGCAGGGAUGGGGCGGGGGGCUGGAUGCCUGGAUCCCCGCAGGGGCCAGGAGCGAGGACUCAGAUGUUCGGUGCUCCAGAGGCCAAGGACCUAAGGUCCAGACACCCCCCCCCCAACACACACACACAAACACACACACCCCUGAGUCCAGGGAGGGCAGUAGGGAUUGGGGAUUGGGUAGGGGGCUGAGGAUUGGGGGCAGGCCAGGGCCCCGGGGCAACCGAGCCAGGUCUUAUGGGAGGGGGUCAGAUUCUGGGGAAAGUGGGUGGGCAGGGAAGGGGAACGCAGGUUUCUUUGGGGGGUCUCAGACCCCAUGCCAGCCAUUGUGAGAGUUCGUAGAGCUCUGGGCACCUCUUUGCAAAGCCAUGUUUGCACGGUCGGGAGAAGGGUGGGGGGGCGGGCGUGAAGCAGGGAUUCCGUGUCUUCGUGUCAUAGCUGAUGGGGCAGUGGGGGAGAAACCCCCUCCCCAGGUUUCUGGGUCCCCCUUCCCUCUGCCUCCCCCAUCAUGUCUAUCCCACCCCCAUGUGUCUCUGUCUACCCACUCCUGGGGGGCCUUCCCCAUCUCUCCUCCAGGCCCCCCGGGGAGGGGGAAAGGAGUUUGGGGGGAGGGGAAUAUGUGGUCUCUAUGGUUUUAUAUAUAAUAUAUUAAAAAAUCAAAAAUCUGUAUGAAAAUAUCAGAUUGCACCCCCUCCCCCUAUUCCUGGCUAUGGCCCCCUUUUUCUUGUUAAAAAAAAAUAAAAA